UGUUGCACAUCAGAAGAAGGGGUUAUGUUUUGAGAAAAUUCUUGGCCAGCUUCCCAAGGAAGUAGAGACUCUCACGCCACUCUCAACCAAUCCAUUCUGAAUGUGGAAACAAAUAGUAAGAGUUUCCAUGAAAAUAAUGUGUAUGUGUGUGUAGAGGUAGGGAUGUAGGGGUAACACACUUCAAAUGUAUUAUCUGUUUUUACAGAGUGUUCCUGGACUCACCUACAGUUUCCAAACUUUUAUUAUCCUCGGGUCUACUGGACCUGAACAACCAAUGUAAAUGUGAAAUGGCUCUCCCUUGGGAGGAGGCGCUGGAGGCUGCCUAUGAGCAGCAACAAACAAAGCAUUUUGACCUGGCUGCUGAGUGUAGAGGACCUGGCUGCAGGGUGGUUAUGUACCCUGUGGAGGUGAGGCCAGGGCUUUGUCAGCUCCUCAACCUUUCGACUGGUCCGCAACUUUGGUGUCAGAGGAACAGAACAUGGACAAUUUGUGAAAGAGCCAACUGUGGAGGCAGAAAAAAAGGAGAGCUUCUGGUUGAGGCUAGCGGACGAGGCACAGGAGUCUAGAGCUGAGCAGCACCUGAGGCAUUAAUAGAUGGUCGAAGGGAGAAAUUUCUGCCACCAGGAGUUGUGCUAGUGUUAAAAGAACACUGGUGGUCCGCAGAUGACCCUCCGAAGAAGUUUGUUCUGGUUUCCUAUAGGUGGGGGCUGGCGGCCAACCACCAACCUCGUCAAAGUCGAGGUCAAGGUAGUCUUAAUUAUACUCCAGGGGCAAUUAGCACAGCAGGUCGUAAACACAGCCGUCAUUAACAAUCAACACACAAACAAAUUACACAAAAAACACAGCUAUAUCGUGUUAUAUGAGGGCAAGUAGCAGCAGGAACAGAUGAGUUAUUAAAUGUACAUUCAUGUACUGGCCACAUUAUAUCUGCAUCUAGAUGGAAACAAAAUGAACUCUUACCAGGGUCAACAGAGACCAACUGAGCCUUCUUUGUGACGGUUGGAAAUGGUCUUACAGACUUGUGCCUGCACUUUUGCUGCAUAUGAAUGAUUUCUUUUACCUGGUAAAUUAUGUGACCCAAACCAGCACAUAAAAGACAAGGUUCAAACAGACUUAAAAAAAUGAAGAAAAAAAAACCAUGCUCAUAAAAGUGGUCUCACACAAGCAGAGAUUGGCCUUUGCAUAUCAGCGUAUGGUUUAAAGGUUAACUUGUCAUCAGUUAUUGUUCAGAUUCUUGUAUUGCUGGACAAUUUCACAGUCAUAAAUAGCAGCGGGAAGAACAAGGGGAGGAUUCUUCCUGAUGUCAUUGAUCAUUUUCUUUGUUUUAGACACAUUUAUACCCAAGGAGGUGUGUCAAUACCAGUCACUUUAUUCAUUCACUACUGGACCAUGACCUGUGUUUCAAACAGGGAAGUGUGUGAUGUUUACUCAAUCAAAAAAAAAAAAAAGAGCAAGGCCAGUGAGUACGAGGUUAAUAUAUGUUCACUCAAGAGUCAGUAGUUAAAUUCUUAAUUAUUUUUCUUAAGUUCUUCCAUCAUUGACGAUAAUGAUGAUGGUGGGGAUACUAUGAGAUACUAAACAUAUAUAGUCCUGUGUGAUGAUCAGGUGACACAUUGUUAUCAUCUGCCAUUUGUGUGCAUUUAGUCUACUUUAAUAGAAGUUAAACAGGUUUGCCACGCUGAUCUGAAAACACAAUGGGAAUCAGUGGUGCCUUUGUUUCAAAGGGGAAGAAAUGAACUCAUUUAUUGUUCUGACAAGAACUACAGUAGUGGUUGCUAAGACCAGAAAUCAUUGUGGCAGCAUGUUUGUUAAUGAACUCUUUGCCUUCCCAGAAUCGCCAUUUUACAUUUAAACAUUCAUUUCUUUGAUUGGAGACUUGCAGAACUUGUUAAAAGCAUGUAGAAUGAAAUCAGCUACAUACGGAUUCUUGAGCACUUUGCUUUUUCCUGUGGUUAAUGCAUAACCAAAAUGUUUAGAUUCAUUACAUAAAAAGCACUCCGCACGCUUCUAUUUGGGAUUUACAGCCAGGCCAUUUACAUGCGCACUUCCUUGUCAGUAUUUGGCCCAGUGUUGGCAUCUCAAAGGAUUUUAAUUUUGAGGACAUUUAAUUUUAGUUUCAAAAUAUAAUGAAGACUUUACAACUAGUGGUCAUUUCUCUGUCUUUCCACCUUCCAGAGAAAAGGUGUGUCUCAUCACUUUCUCUCCCAUGCAUGGAUAUGAUGGCCUAAAGGGAAGUAUCAUAGCACAGCAGUGGAGAGGUGUGGCCACAUAGUUCUCAUGACAGGUAGAUGUGGGGAGGAGUUGCAUUACCUGUGCAGAGCCAGCAGUAAGGGCACAGGGCAUAGGCAACAGUACACCUGUUGCACUUCCCAGGCUCUCUCUCUCUCCAUUUCUCCCUCCCUUUUCCUGUCUUUCUUCCUUCCCUUCUGUUCUCCUUCACUGCUCUGAAAGCGCGAAGGACCGGCCAGCCUCGCCAUGGAUCCCAAGGAGGCCAGCGGGGCCGAGAAGGAGAAGGAGAAAGAGAAGGACAAGGUGAUAAAAAGGAGGAACCGGCCUGUGUUCCUGCGUUACCUGGAGAGGAGAAAGACGGACACUAUUGUAGCUGAUGACAUGGCCAUAGGAGACAUCAACCUGGGGACGCUGGUGAGGAGGAGUCAGUCCGACAAGACGGAGUACAGCGCCAAACUUAAAGAGAAAAUGACUCCGCAUGACCUGUCCACACCCCCGUCCCCGGCCCUCGACCCAGAGGAGGCCCGGCUGAGAAAAAUGAACCGUAGGGCGAAGAUCAUUCAGGAGCUUGUGCAGACUGAGAAGGACUACCUCACUGACCUGGAGCUGUGCAUCAGGGAGGUGGUCCAGCCUCUGAGAAAUUUACAGGUUGUAGAUGUAGAUCGACUGUUCACCAACAUGGAGACAGUGUGUGAGGUUUCUGCAGCCCUCCUGCACAGACUGCAUGCAGCCAUCGCGGACCCUGAUCCAGAAGCAGUUGUCAUAGGAGAAGUAUUCAUCCAGGCAAAGGCAGCUUUAGAAGAUGUAUAUAAGAUUUACUGUUACCACCAUGAUGAUGCUAAUGGGGCGCUUAAAUCCUACGAGAAAGAGGAAGAAAUAAAGCAACAUUUUACCACAUGUGUAUUAUCACUGAAGAAAAUCUAUGACCAAGAAGGGAAGCCUAAUCUGUUGGACAUGGGUUCACUGAUCAUCAAACCGGUCCAGAGGAUCAUGAAGUACCCAUUGUUGCUUGGGGAGCUGUGGCAUGCCACACCUGAAGACCACCCAGACCAUCGGCCGCUGCAGGAGGCUUUCACUGCUGCCAAGAUCAUAAAUGUUAACAUCAAUGAGUUCAAGAGACGCAAGGAUAUAGUUAUGAAGUACAAGAGGUUGGAAGAUGAAGGAACACUGAGGGGAAAGCUCAACAAGUUCAACAUCCACUCCAUCCGGAAGAAAGGAGACAGGUUCGCUGGCUACCUCAAGAUCCUCACUGGAGUUGAACCACAGGUCAGGGAUGAAGUAUUUGACAGAGAGGAGAAGCUAUUCAGGAGUCUGGAGAAAGCUGUGAGGCAACUGGUCAAGAACGUUCACUGCUACCUACAGUACACUCAGGAGAUGGUGUCUGUAGCUGUUCAGAAUGUGCAUGACAUGGAGAAUAUCGUCAAGGAUCCAAGCAAGAAUGGCACAAACGGUUCAUCGCUGAAUAAUGGCAACGAUCCCUAUAAGCACUUUAAAGACAGUAUGGAGCGCUUGGUCCUCGGCCCCCUCUCCUCCCUGCAGGGCAUGUUCACAGCCCCACAGAAGCUCAUCCAGAAACGUUACGACAAAUUACUGGACUACUGCAGCCGCCUGGAGCGCUCUUCCUCUUUUUCGUCCCCGUCGUCCACAACUUCUUCCUCUCCUUCGCUAGUGUCAGAAGAACCGCCUGGUCCCGCCAGGAGAGACUACGAAGCUCUCAACGCUUUGCUCGUGGAGGAGCUGCAGAGGUUCAACGUGGCCGCCUAUGCUAUCCUGACCAACAGUGUGGUGUAUCUAGUGGACCUGCUCAGAGGCCUGAUGAAUAACGUGCUGGUCGGAGCUCCAUCCAUACAGCAGCUACCAGCUCCACUGUCAAACAUUGCUGAAGUGCAGAACAGCAUCAUGGAUGAGCUGAACAAUCUGACCUUUGUCAAGGACAACGCACAGAAGUUAAUGGAGCGUAAAGUCAGCUUUGAGAGACAACGAGAUAAGAAAACUGCGAUGCCCGAGGUGCAGCAUCAGACUGAGGAACAGCGAGCCUGGCUGCUGACAGAAUACCCGCUGAAACGCCUGUACCAGCUGAAGAGGAAGUGUAAUGGCUGCCAGGAGCAGGACCUCAGCCUGCUGGAGGGGGAGCUGGUGGCCCUGCUGGAGGACACAGACCCAUUAGGCAGCAGCAGUCGCUGGCUGGUUCACACUGGAGGUGCUCAAGGCUACGUCUACUCCACAUUCCUGAAGCAGUACAACCCUCUGAGGGACUCACAGCGAGCCGGCCAGAUGGCAAAAGAGCAGCAACAGCAGCAGCCACCUGCCAUGGUGGAUGAGGACUUUGAUGAUCUCAGUCUGUUCGUAUCAGGAAGUGGCAGCAGCAGCCUGCGCAGCUUCAACCUCCACACCACUGACAGUAGCUCAAUGCUGUCCGGUCUACAGGGGGAGCUGGAGAGCACUGAAGACCUGGAGGACACACUGGACACCGAGGCUCAGCAGUUUUACGCCGUGUAUGCAUUUCAAGCUCGCUGUGAACAGGAGCUGACCUUGCAGGAGUACCAACAUGUCCGCAUCCUCCAGUUCUGCGACCUGGGAGGCAAUAAGGAGUGGUGGUUAGCUGAGGCCAACGGACAAAAGGGAUACGUUCCUGCCAACUACCUUGGCAGGAUGUCCUAUGCGUAAAUGCAUCUAGAAAACAAAUUCAACAACAAAAUGAAAAAAAAGGAGCACUUCUGAUUUUGCGCAUCAAAGCUCCCUCUUAACUGUGGGAAUGUUUCAUCCUUUACUUUUCAAUAUAUCAUUGAAUUUCCUGACUGUAAAACAUGUUGCAUUUCUGCUUUGUGAAUAUCACAGCUGUACUAAGUAUCACUGUGUGUUACUGUCAGUUGGCUCACACCAAAAGUAUUGAUGUCGAGUGCUUUAACUUCACAAUCUCAUAGAAAGAGAGCGACUCAGUGGGACUCGACCGAUAAUCUGUGAUGAAUAUGGAUAAUUAUGUAACAACACAGCGCACUGUGCUGAGCACUUUUUGUAUUUCAGUGUUGUCGAGUUGAUAUUAACAAUGAAGUGAUUCAAUAAUGAAGUACGUUUUACAUGUGAAGUGAUUUAUGGAUGAAGUGAAAUGCUAUAUGUGAAAUGAUUUAUAUGCAAAGUAUGUUUUAUGCCCUUUCAAUGAAGAGAUCUAUGCCAUGAUUUAUAUUUUAUCAGUCACAAUAUGAAUAAACAAGACCUUUAUGAUUUC